AUGGCACUAAGCACAUCUCAUGCUUCAGUGUUUCUCACCACCACCAUACUUGCCCUACUUCUUGCCGUCAGCCCCAUCACCUGCUGGCGUCCAUGGCCGCACCUAAAACCCAACAGCUCAGGCCUUCUCUAUGACUCCUCCAAAAAAUUUGAAGGGUCAUCGGAAUUUGUUCACCUACGUUACCACAUGGGUCCGGUCCUGACCGGGAACAUAACAGUCCACACAAUCUGGUACGGUAGGUGGCAAAAAUCCCAGAAAAAGAUUAUUCGCGAGUUUAUCAACUCAAUCUCAGCCGUCCAUGCACCGCACCCAUCAGUUGCUGGCUGGUGGAAGACUGUGCAACUCUACACAGACCAAACUGGAGCCAACAUCUCGCAUACUGUCCAAUUAGGACAGGAAAAGAACGACAGGUUUUAUUCUCAUGGGAAGUCGUUAACGAGGCUGUCUAUACAGUCGGUGAUCAAGAGUGCUGUCACAGCUAGAUCCAAGCCGUUGCCUAUCAGUCCAAGAGACGGACUGUAUCUUCUGCUGACUUCUGAUGACGUGUACGUUCAGGAUUUUUGCGGGCAGGUUUGUGGGUUUCAUUACUUUACAUUCCCUUCAAUUGUAGGGUACACCUUGCCUUAUGCUUGGGUAGGUAACAGCGCAAAACUGUGCCCUGGUGUGUGCGCUUAUCCUUUUGCUGUGCCCACGUUUAUGCCUGGGUUGAAGGCGCUAAAGUCACCUAACGGUGACGUGGGUGUUGAAGGAAUGAUCAGUGUGAUCGCUCAUGAGAUUGCUGAAUUGGCUACAAAUCCAUUGGUGAAUGCUUGGUAUGCAGGACAGGACCCAAGUGCUCCUGUGGAAAUAGCUGAUUUGUGUGAGGGUAUUUACGGAACUGGAGGUGGUGGGUCCUAUACGGGACAGAUGUUGAUCGAUCAUGAUAAUGCCACGUAUAACAUGCAUGGGAUCAGACGGAAGUAUUUGGUUCAGUGGGUUUGGAACCAUUUGGUUAGCUACUGUACUGGCCCCAAUGCCCUUGAUCAGUAG